AUGUUAAAAUGGAGUGAUAUGCUACCCAACUAUUUUGUUGGGUUUAAGAGCUGCUAUCAAGAGAUGGUACAAACCAUUCUAGUUGCUCAAAUGGUAUAUGGUACCAAUAUCAGGCUUCCUGGUGAAUUUUUUGAAAAACCCAAUGUCCACGUUGAACCUGACACAUUUGUGUACAAUCUUCAGCAGCAGAUGGCCCUAGUAAAGCUAAUGAAGUCUGCAGAUACAUGUCGGUCUUAUCAAAAAGUUUUUGUACAUAGAGAUUUAAGGACCUGUACUCAUGUGUUCGUUCGAGUUGAUCGGGUGAAAAAACCACUAGAGCCUGCAUAUGAUGGCCCAUUUCCUGUAGCAGAAAGACAUGAUAAGUAUUAUUCUGUGCAUAUUAAAGGAAAAGAUGUUAACAUCUCUAUUGAUAGGCUGAAACCUGCUUACCUUAUGAAUGCAGAUAGCAUGCCAGAACUACCGAAUCAGCUUCUUGAUGACGAUGUCAAUGGUGGAUCCUCAAAGGAAAUGCAUCAUAGUAAUUUCCCAACAAACACUCGUUGUGGUAGAGAAAUAAAACUUCCUGUUAGGUUUCGAACUUAA